AUUUAAAUCAUGGUUGUCAAGAUUGGUAUCAACGGAUUCGGACGUAUUGGUCGUCUUGUCCUCCGUGCUGCUCUUCAGAACAAGCAGGUCGAGGUUGUCGCUGUCAAUGAUCCCUUCAUCGAUGCCGACUACAUGGUCUAUAUGUUUAAGUAUGACUCGACCCAUGGUCGCUACAAGGGCCAUGUCGAAGCAAAGGACGGCCACUUGAUCGUUGACGGCCACAAGAUUGCUGUUCACGGAUUUAAGAAUCCAGAGGAAAUUCCAUGGGGUUCUGACGGUGCUGAUUACGUUGUCGAGUCCACCGGCGUGUUCACCACGACCGAAAAGGCUUCUGCCCAUUUGAAGGGUGGUGCUAAGAAGGUCAUCAUUUCUGCUCCCUCGGCUGAUGCUCCAAUGUUUGUCUGUGGAGUCAACUUGGAUGCUUAUAAGCCAGAGUACAAGGUUGUCUCGAAUGCUUCCUGCACAACCAACUGCUUGGCUCCUUUGGCCAAGGUCAUUCAUGACAACUUUGGUAUCACUGAGGCCUUGAUGACCACUGUCCACGCCACGACUGCUACCCAGAAGACUGUGGAUGGCCCUUCUAACAAGGACUGGCGUGGUGGUCGUGGUGCUGGUGCCAACAUCAUCCCUUCCUCUACUGGAGCUGCUAAGGCCGUUGGCAAGGUCAUUCCUGACCUCAAUGGCAAGUUGACCGGUAUGGCUUUCCGUGUCCCUACUUCCGAUGUCUCGGUUGUUGACUUGACUGCUCGCUUGUCCAAGCCUGCGUCUUAUAAUGACAUCAAGGCUGCCAUCAAGAAGGCUGCUGAGGGUGACAUGAAGGGCAUCUUGGCCUACACUGAGGACCAUGUUGUCUCGACCGACUUUGUUGGCGACACACAUUCUAGUGUCUUUGAUGCUGGAGCUGGCAUUGCCUUGAACGACACCUUUGUCAAGCUUGUGGCCUGGUACGAUAACGAGUAUGGAUACAGCAACCGUUGCAUCGACCUUAUCUUGUACAUGGCCUCCAAGGACAACUAAAGCAUUAAAAUGUACAUCCUCAUACACGCACACACGUACACACAUCUUUUUUUUUUUCUGAUGUUUCCAAUUCCAUCUUGUAUAUUCGAAAUAGGCAAUGAUGCUUGUUUGUGUAAAUAUGAAAUAAAAUAAAAUACGACAAAU